AUGAGCACUGCCAAGGACUUUAUUUCUGCCGAGCGCGUCUCGUACUUGCACUCGAUCGACAAGGUGGCCGCGGACGACGCUGACGGCUACGAAGCCACCAAGACGCCCGGCGACCUCGAAGACGGUGCGCUCCGCGCCGGUGGUGCCCCGGUGUACACGUCGGCCGAGUGUCUCUCGAUCCUCUUCCAGUAUGCGAUGAUCGGUAUCGUCUACGGCGGCGUCGCUGGCAUGCGCUACGCCAUCGUGAAUGGCUACUUUGCACUCGAGACGAACGUGGCCAACUCGGCCAAGGCGCUUUUGACGCUCGGCUGGUCGCUCAAGGUCGUCUUUGGUGUCCUCAACGACUGCUUCCCGAUCUUUGGCUACCACCGCAAGCCGUACAUGCUCCUCGGGUGGUUUCUCUGCGGCGUCGUCCUCCUCUUCAUUGCAAUCCGCGACAAUGGCGAGCAGGGCUCGCAGACCGACGGCCCAGUCUUUAUCCUCCUCGCGACCAUUGCUUGCUUUUGCUACGUCAUGGCCGACGUCGCCCAGGACGCGCUCAUGCUUGCGGUCGCCCAGCGCGAACCAAAAGCCGUCCGCGGUCGGCUGCAGUCGCUCUCGUACGCUACGCGCCAGAUCUUCUGGGGUCUCAUCCAGUUUGUGUCGGGCAUCUGCCUCAACUCGGAGCGCUUUGCCGGCGACUUUGACUGGGACAUUGGUAUCAACGGGUACUUUUGGAUUCUGGCCAUCCCGUCGUGCUUGAACGUCGUGGUGAUUUGGUUCUUUGUCAAGGACGAGAAGCACACCCGCGUCGACAUUGGCUCGUACUUUGGCAAUUUCUGGGAACUCGCUCAGAAGCGCGCCGUGUGGCAGGUCAUUCUCUUCAACUUUCUCUUUGGUUUGUUCCAAGCGAUCAGCUCGACGGCCAGCGACUACAUCGGCUUGUACUUGGCCAAAGUCGAGAACCUCAACCAGCAGAUUGUCAGUGUCGUGACCCAGCUCCUCUAUGCGGCCGUCAUCACGGCGACGGGCACCUACGGCACGCACUGGAACUGGCGCUACGUGGUUGUGAUCACGAUCAUCACUACGGUUGCCAUUGACUCCAUUGUCCAGUUCCUCACCAUCUUUGCCGUGGUUCGCAACCAGUGGUUCUACCUCGGCGUGCCGGUCAUGGAGACGAUCCCGUCUGGUAUCAACUUUAUCAUCACCACGUACGUCAUUGUCGAGCUCGCCGAAGUCGGUAACGAAGGCGUCAUGUACGGUCUCCUCACCACGAUCUCGAACCUCCCGGGUCCCUUUGGCACGAUCAUCACCAACGUCAUCGACAGCCAUCUCAACUACAACAAGAAGCUCAUCAAGGCAGACGCUCCGGAGACGCGGACCGCCGUCGCCUAUUCGUACGUCAUCAUGUACUCGUGCAUGGUGAUCGGCUGCCUCUGGGUGUUCCUCCUUCCGCCGCAGCGCGCGGCCGUCGCCGAGCUCAAGAAGAAUGGCGGCAGUCACCCCAAGGUGGCCGCGUUCAUCCUUGUCAGUCUCUUUGUCAUCCUCGUCACGUCCAUCACGGGCAGCUUGAUGUCCAUGUUCGAGAGCACGAGCUGCUUCACUCUCGCGGGCGGCAAGGAGCCGUGCCCGGAAGGGACGCCGCAGACGUACCUCGCCAUCAUCUUUGUGCCGGGUGCGAUCGUCGCGCUCUUUGCCGUGUACAAGCUCUUCCUCGCCAAGAAGUAA